UAUUGAGUAGGGAUUCUAUAUAAACAGGCUGAAUGGGACGCGAAGGGUUUUUUUUUCAGUUCUGUCAUCUUGAAUGAGGUUAUCUGCUACGGAUCUCUUUAAGCAUUCCGCAACGAAGAAGCAUAUGAUUUUGCCAGUAUGAUGAAAAGAUCAGGAUUGAGAAGCCAGCUACAUACAAGAGGAUAGAGGUACCAUUGCCUUUUAUAGAAUGCAAAUUAGCAAAGGCGGCGGGGUGAAUGGGAGUUUAUAUCCUUAACUGGCUCUGGCUGACGGUGUUAACUACUGCGUUGCUACUGCUUCCCUACUCAACUCCUGCAGUCGUGUGUAUCCUGGAGAAUUAUGGACCAAGAAUAUGAGCGGAGGCUUCUUCGGCAAACACAUUUCCAAAAUGUCUCUGAAAAUAUGCUUUCUCCGUCUGCCUUGAGUACACGACAUGUAACGUCAAACUCACCAGCGACCCUUCCUCGCAAGACAGGUGACCGAUUUAUCCCAACCAGGGCAAGUUCUAACUGGAGCAUCAACUUCCAUACCAUAAAUGAAAAUGGAAAAUCCCCAAAUCAGAAUCGAAAAACGAAGGAAACAAAUUCUGACAGUGGGAAAGAUGGUGUGGCAUAUGCUGCCUUGCUAAAAAAUGAGUUACUGGGAGCAGGCAUUGAAAAAGUGAGUGAUCCACAGACAGAAGAUCGGAGAUUCCAGAUGCCGAUGCAGGAGCGACGCAAUCUAUUCAGAUAUGCUUUGAGUACAAAGAGAUCUACUACUGAAAGUGGGAAUGAGAUUUCACCGUAUUCACUAUCUCCUGUUAGUAAUAAAAGUCAAAAGUUGUUGCGGUCACCACGGAAACCAACAAGGAAGAUUUCAAAGAUUCCAUUUAAAGUCCUGGAUGCUCCAGAAUUGCAAGAUGACUUUUACCUCAAUCUGGUGGAUUGGUCAGCAGCAAAUGUCUUAAGUGUUGGUCUUGGUGCGUGUGUUUACCUGUGGAGUGCAUGUACCAGUCAGGUAACAAGGCUAUGUGACCUCUCCAUAGAUGGGGACUCUGUUACAUCAGUUUGUUGGAAUGAGAGGGGGAACUUUGUGGCUGUGGGCACCCAUAAAGGAUAUGUGCAGAUCUGGGAUGCAGCAGCUGGGAAGAAGCUGACCUCUCUCGAUGGACAUUCCGCUAGGGUUGGGGCUUUGGCCUGGAAUGCUGAUCAACUUUCAUCAGGUAGUCGGGACCGUCUGAUUCUGCAGCGAGACGUACGAACACCCCCACUUCAGACAGAGCGCCGGUUACAAGGUCACAGGCAGGAAGUUUGUGGGUUAAAGUGGUCCCCUGACCACCAGCACCUGGCUUCCGGCGGCAACGACAACAAGCUGUUUGUGUGGAACAAUUCCAGUCUGAGCCCAGUCCAACAGUACACAGAACACUUAGCAGCUGUAAAAGCCAUCGCGUGGUCCCCUCAUCAACACGGACUCCUGGCUUCGGGAGGGGGCACUGCGGAUCGCUGCAUCCGUUUCUGGAACACACUAACCUGUCAGCCACUGCAGUGCGUUGACACCGGCUCCCAAGUCUGCAAUCUUGCGUGGUCAAAGCACGCAAAUGAACUGGUUAGUACACAUGGCUAUUCCCAGAAUCAAAUCUUAGUGUGGAAAUAUCCAUCCUUAACACAAGUUGCCAAACUGACAGGACAUUCAUAUAGAGUGCUGUACCUGGCCAUAUCACCAGAUGGCGAGGCAAUCGUGACAGGUGCCGGAGAUGAAACUUUGCGGUUUUGGAACGUUUUCAGUAAAACUCGUUCUACAAAGGAAUCCAAAUCUGUCCUUAACCUUUUUACAAGGAUACGAUAAAACUGAAGAACACUGAUAGAACAGACUCCGUUAUCCCCAGACGUAAGCAGCAGUAAAGUUUAUCAGAGCAAACAUCACCCCCUCUUCACUGUUUUUGUUCGAGUGGUCAAUGCACUUUAACUUGCAGAGAUUUGAAGCUGAUUGGACAGGAGAAUGUUGGGACGUAUCUCAACAUGGAUGGUGAAAGAAUUGAGAAGGAGUUUGAUGUUAAGGGAAAAGGUUCACUUUAUAUGUAUCUAUGUACAAUGUGUACAGAAACUAUUUAUUGGACUAAGGAUGACAUUUUGAUGCUGUAUUAAUGUUUGCAUGAAAAUGGGAGUGUAGAGAUGGAUCCAGAUUUGUUCAGUUCUUUUGUAUAGAGAAAGCAUGAAAAAACACAUACCUGAGGUGUAUCUUCAAAAAAUUGAAAGGAAGGUAUAUUUUUUUUAUUGCUUUAAAUUAAUCACUCCAUUCUAUGUGAUUAUUUAACAGUAUCUGCUUCUAGAGCUGAGGAAUUUCAUUUUCUGUAAUUUACAUUGCACUUAUGAAUCUUGUUCUGUUGGAGUAAAGUUGUUAUGAAUGGGAUCCAUAAUUAAAA